AAAAAUUAUGCCUUAGUUGUUCAUUUUCUCGAACUCUAAAGGCACAACAUAGAUUCAAGCGACUGUCUUAAGUAGUUGAACAUGGCAUUACUCCAACCUCGUAAAAGUGACAAACUGCACGUUUUAUUUUCGUCAAAAACAACUUUAUAAUGAAGGAGUACCUUUGAGUUGACGGGUUACCAAUGCGCAGUUUGGCGAGAGAGAUUUUGCGCAUGAGCUUAGCUAGCCAACGCCACCGUGCGUUAUCGGGGAAUUCUAUUGGAGAAGCAGUUUCUGCCCAUCUUUAUAAUGUACUGUCUUUGUUAUGAGUUUAUGAAGACUCUGACGUAAGUAGAACCUCGCGAUGAUUCAGGGAGGAGGGGAGUGUCAAAUUCCAAAAGAGAAGAGAGGGAGAGGAGCGCAAAGUUACAUUGCAAGCUCUUUGCAAAGAUGGGGGACGACCGGCCUUUUGUGUGCAAUGCUCCCGGCUGUGGACAGAGGUUUACCAACGAGGACCACCUGGCUGUACACAAACACAAGCAUGAGAUGAGUCUAAAGUUUGGCCCUGCCAGGACAGACUCUGUAAUUAUCCAAGGUACUGGUUCUCCUAACCAGACCCCUACUCCCACUCGCUUCCUGAAGAACUGUGAGGAGGUGGGGCUGUUCAACGAGCUGGCUAGCUCCUUCGCUGAGGAGUUCAGGAAGGCCCAGGAGGACGAUGAUAAGCGGGCCAAGAACCCUCUGCCUGCCCCCCACAGAGAGGUGGCCCUACACAUGAGCUUGCAGACACCGUCAGCAGAAGCCAUGAAGGUGAAGGAGGAGGAGCCUGUAGAGGUUGACUCUUCCCCACCAGGAAGUCCUGAUUCCUUCUCCAGCAUGUCAGACAGCAGCAGGGAUGCCAUGGACACUCCCCCGAGGUCAGUGCUGAGUUCUGCCCCCACCCCCACCAUCGUGAGGCACGGUGCCCUCCCUAUGCGUCCCAGACCAGGCUCUCUGCCACUCCACUUGGGCUUUGACGCCCUGCAGCCAACCAUGCCUUCACCCACCUCCGUCAUCACACCCACCCCACCCUCCAACCGCACCCUGCUGGGCUCUCCCACUGGCCACUACCCCGUGAUGAUGCACCUUACCAAUGGGCUCCUGCCUGGUCCUAUGCAGAUACCCUCUGUGAUUUCUCUGGCCCGGCCCAUGCACAUGGUGCCCAACAUUCCCGGCAUCCCUGGUCCUCCUCUGGGAGGCGGCAGCAGCGGCUCCCACUCCGCGUACACCACACACUCUGAGGCCAAGAUGAGGCUGAAGGCAGCACUAGCACAGCAGAGUUUAGGGGGUCAGAUGGGGGGUGUGGCCGGCAGCCCCAUGCACCCCCAGAGGAUGGAGCAGAGCCAGCUAUUGGUGCAGCACCCAGACGCACCCUCCCCCGCACAGCCACAGGUGUCUCCGGCUCAGCCUACCGGUGGUCGACGGCGCCGUGCAGCGGGGGACGACCCGGACGAUAGACGGCAGCGUUUCCUGGAGCGGAACCGGGCAGCCGCCUCGCGCUGCCGACAGAAACGCAAAGUCUGGGUCAACUCCCUGGAGAAGAAGGCCGAGGAGCUCUCCUCCAUGAACGUCUCCCUGGCGAAUGAGGUGUCUCUACUGAGGAAUGAGGUGGCUCAUCUCAAACAGCUGCUGCUGGCUCAUAAGGACUGCCCUGUCACCACUCGACAGAAGAGUAUGGGAGAAGACAGCAUAAUGAAAGACAUGUCGGAGCCCACCGGCUCCACAGCACCCGUCAUCCAGCACAGCUCCCUGCCCAGUCCCUCUCCUUCCUCGGGCCCCAACGGCAUAAGGAUCCGGGCGGCCGCCGAGGCCAUGUCUGUGCUGGCCAGGAUGGGUCAACACCAGCAGCACCAGCAGAGGAGAGAAGAGAGGGAUGGAGGGAGAGACGUGAGGGAUGGACCCUCCUCCCACAUCAUCAUGGCCACACAUUCGCACCACUCUGCCAGAUGAUGAGCAUAUCACACACCACAGCCCGGGACUGUACGGCUCACACAGCACCAGGCACCACCCUACAUGGGCAGGAGGAGAGCACAGGAGAGGGUAGUGGAGGAAGAGAGCGACUCAAAAAUAAGUCAUGCCUUCCUAGUCAAAUAAACCUUCUCAGGUGAGCAGAGGAGUAGUUACAUGAUACAAUCCUCCCUCCUCUACUCUCUGCCCAUGCUGUGUCAGCCACUUUUGUGUCAGGCCUGGAGCCUUGCUGAAGCUCAGCAACAACAGCCUUCUGGGAAUAGACCGGGACGAUAGAAGAGGAAGAGCUUCUUGUUCUGUUCAAUAUGCCAUAUAUAGACUAUGUACAGGGGCUGGACUCAACACCCCUCGUAUUCCCCCCUACAACCCUCUCGCCUUGCCUCAGCCUCUAUGAACUUCACUGGACUGUAGGACUGCAUAGCAUCGUCCCAAGUGUCGUAACUGUCAUUGUGAUAAACUCGGACACUCAGACUCUAACACACGGUAACACACACAUACCAGACACAUAUACUCAGCGUUAACAUUGAAUUGAUUCGUGUUUGUUUUUCAUCAAGUGAUAUACCAAAUCCCUGAUCACUGCAGGGGUCCAUACUAUUGUAACAGGGGGUUGUGGCCUUGCUCUCCUGCACAUGUUGACACGUUUUAUUCACACACAAAAAUGGGUUUUAAUGAUUGAAGCUCCAACUCCAUAGAUGCAAUAGUUUUGUAUACUCUAAAAUAUUUUCAAUUUGAUCUGUUGAAUCCCUAGCAGUUUUGUAAGCGAUUUUCAUUGAGGAUCUGUCGCAGUUGUUCACGAAAAAGCUUGACCUUAUUUUUUUGCCCUUUUAUAAUGUGUGUGUGUGUGUGUGUGUGUGUGUGUGUGUGUGUGUAUGUAUAUGUAUGUACAUCAAGCAGUUUGUUGAUUCAAGGUCUGAUAAAACAAGAUCUGGUUUGGUAGCAUUUGACAUCUUGUUAUAUUAGCGUCUUUGUUGUAUUCCUGUGCAGCUUUCUUUUACAUCUUGUUAUAUUAGCGUCUUUGUUGUAUUCCUGUGCAGCUUUCUUUUACAACUUGUUAUAUUAGCGUCUUUGUUGUAUUCCUGUGCAGCUUUCUUUUACAUCUUGUUAUAUUAGCGUCUUUGUUGUAUUCCUGUGCAGCUUUCUUUUACAACUUUAUCGGCACAUUACUAUUUGCAGCUUGGACCAUAGAGAACCAAAUGAUCUUCUGUGUGGCAGAAAUGGAAAGCUAAAAAUAAUGUAUUUAGUGUACACUCAUUUACAAAUGAUUUAUACACUUAAGUGUUUUUCAAAGAAAAGCUUUUCACUUUUAGCUUCAGAAUUUCUUUGGGACUGCAUCUGACUAAACAAAUCCGACCUCCUGUCCUCUGUCUAACCAUUUCCUCUUUCCCGUGCAAUUUUUGUAUUUAUUUAGUUCUAAAUGUAUGUCAUUACCAUCUUUUAUGAAAUCUUAUCUGAUAGGAAAAGCUUUUUCUAACUGGCCUUUGUCGCCCUCGUCUGUUUUCUGAACCUUCUGGAGGUGGUACCUUUUUAGUGCUUCAACCUUGCUGCUUUCUGGAGCGUGAUGGGCUGCUCUUAAGUCUCCAGGGUCGCGUUCAUUAGGUACCAAACAGGACAAAACGGACUGAAACAACAAGGCACGUGCUCAUUUUCGUUUGCCGUUGCAAAAAGUUAUGAAACGUUUUCCAUUGAGUGCACUAAUGAACACAAACCUGGCUGUUCUUUAUUAAUGACUCUAUCCAAAACAAAGCCAUGUUACUCUAGCCGAGCGUGUAUGUGUGUGUUUUUACAAACAGCACUGACACAUCUGGACUCACACACACAUCGUUUGAAAACGAUUUUGCCUUAAAGAAUCCCUUUCGUGCCUCCGACAACCCUAUCAAAGAUUGGGUUGCGUGAAAAAACCUUAUGGUUCUGGCUUAGGAGGAAAAAAAAUGUUUCAGAAAUGAAAAGCCAUUAACAAUGGGGUAACAACUGAUUAGUUUUUUUUUUUUACAUGGUGAGAAUGUUUCGUAUUGUAGAUGUAAAAUGUCACCAUGGCGUCUCACCACAUGAUCAUUGUGGUGUGUUGUACACUGCCAUCUAGUGGAGUAAUUUGACCUUCACCUUCUCUCACAAGGAUGGGACAUUGAACUUUGAGGGAAAUUCCUUCAGAACUCCUAUGGCAGUCUCAGAACAGUUUAAAUUCUUCAGGGAUCUCCCCCCUAUUUAGUUUUAGACAUUUUGUUUUUAGAAAAACAAACCACCUAAACAAGUGAUUCAUCUUGUUUUGUAUUGGUUUAGAACUGCUCCCACCAUCUAAUGUAUGUGUAACCAUUUGCAGUGUUUAAUCCUGCAGAAAUAACUAGGGUAUCAGUCCCAAAAACAUAAGCGCAUGUCUAAAUGCACUAAAAUAUGCAGGUUUAUCGUUCAUUAUUUUCCUUUUUUCUCUCUUUUUGUGUCAACUAUGGUUUGUCCUGAAUACAGGUUCUCUUUCAGUAACAUCAAAAGUUUGCUAUUUCUUUUGUCUUCAUAAUGUAUUUUAUACAUAAUGGGACUGGUUCCGGAUCCAGAUUUAAGCCUAGUUCUACACUAAAAAGCAUGUUCAAUGGAGAUUCUCUAUUGAAGGUACUUCUUAGUCCAGCGCUAGAUUCAAUCUGUGUUCAGGAAACUGGCCCAACAAGAAUUGCCACUCAGUAACUACUGACACAUCUCACAUAACUGAACCUCUUUGUCAUUGUACCACAGUCCCAAUGGUACACCCUAUUCCCCAUUUUAUUACACUACUUUUGACCAGGGCUCUGUACUAUAUAGGGAAUAGGGUGCGAUUUGGUAUGCUACCCUACAGUGACCGUCCCAAUGGUGACCCUGUCAGGCGUUGUGUAGUACUCUGAGCUGGCACUAGCUAGCUGUCCCUUUUAUAAAUAGACGAUUGUUCAUAUGAAAUGGAAAAAACUCAACUUUAUUUAGCUUUCAUGUCAGUUAAUUGUCAUUGGCACUUUGUUCGUUCGUUCUUUUUUUUCCACUUUUUUCUCCAAUAUUUUUUUAAUUGCGUGCUAUUGUCACGAGGACUAUAUAGAAAUACUCUGGCAUGAUAAACGCUUCCUCUGUUAUAUAUUUUUGUGUUGUAAUGAUAAGAUAUAGGAAUGUAUUUGUUUUAGUACAUCAAUGUCUUUUCGUUUUUUUUCCUAUCAAAAAGGCUUAGUGUAACCCAACAGCCGGACGACGCCGGAACCAUAGAACUGGAAUCAUGAUUCUACUCCCAUGGCUGGAAACUCUGCUCUGUCUGGACUGCCUGUUACUCACAAUAACUUACUGUUUGUUACAUUGUCUUCAUGGAAUUUUUUUUUUUUUUUUUUUUACCCCUCUCAAAAUAUGAACAGUUGUUGUGAGCAAGUAACAGAAUUGUGCAAGAAAAAUAACAAUUUUACCUAUGAGAAGACAAUUUGUUUUGUAUUUACAUUUUUCAUUCACACUCCCAUAAAAUAAUUGUUGGACUGAUCAUUUUUUAAAUUGUCCUUAUUGUACUGUACAUAUCUGUACUAGGCUAUAUGAAUAUAUUUACUUUUCCAUGCAUGUCGAAGUGAAACUACUAUGAACACUUACCGUGCUGCAGCUUUAAUUAAACAAAUUACUUAAUGAAUAUCAAACGUUUCUGUAAUAUUUGAUUUAGACAAUUUAACACAAUAGAUUCUCUCAAUUCAUUUCAAUCUCAAUUGAAGGGGUUUUAUUGGCAUGGGAAACAUAUGUUUACAUCGCCAAAGAAAGUGAAAUGGAUGAUAAACGAAAGUGAAAUAAACACUAAAUGAACAGUAAACAUUACACUCACAAGUUCAAAAGGUUUAGAGAUGUUUUGAAUGUCAUUGUCUAUACAGUGUUGUAAUGAUGUGCAAAUAGUGAAAGUACAAAAGGGAAAAUAAAUAUGGGUU